AUGGUUGAUAUUUUGAGUCGUGCAGGACAUUUAGAUAAAGCCAAAGAUUUAAUCAUGAAUAUGCCUUUUGAACCGGAUGUGGUGGUUUGGAGAGGGCUUCUUGGGGGAUGUAAGAUUCAUAAAAAUGUUGAAAUAGGUGAAGAUGUUAAUAGGAAAAUAAUGGCACUAGAAGGCUAUGAUGAUGGAAAUUAUGUGUUGUUAUCCGAUAUAUAUUGUGAAGGUAAAAGGUGGGAAGAAGUUGUAAAUGUUAGGAAGAAGAUGGAAGAAGUUAGAAUACAAAAGUCUCCUGGAAUUAGUUCAAUCGAGGUUGAUAUCACACCCAAUCAAGAUCUAGAUUGA